GCAACAAUAUCGCAAAUCGCAACUCCUAAAAAUUCAAACUCGCAGAUAUAAGGUUAUCACGGUUCUAUUGUCGCUGUUAAGAGUUAAGAAAAUUUAUUAAUUCGAGAAAGUUUGAAAAUAUUGGUUCGCUUUUCUUCUGUGAAGAUGUUUCAAUUAGUAGUACGGCUAGAAAAUUAAGAGUUAAAAAUAACCGAUAUUAUAUAUCACUGUGUCGCCAAUGUGUGUCAAUCGUUGGGUGAAUUUAAUUGUAGCCAAAUAAUUUUAUCGCAGUAUCGAACUCGAAACAAAAGUGUGACUCAAACAUAGUGCGCGCACUAGUGCGUCUUCUAGAACUUUUUUUGCGAUGGCGAUAGAGUUGAAACUCUUCAAAUCGGACACUGGCACUUCUUGGGGAUUUAGGCUGGUUGGUGGUGCCGAAUUCAACCAGCCGCUAGUGGUUGUUAAGGUGAAUCCGGAUAGUCUAGCUGAAAAUGCUGGGAUGAUGGUAGGCGACGUUAUAGUUCGGAUAAACGACGAUUCAACAACAGGAUUAACUCACGUCCAAACACAUGAUCUCCUUCAUCAAGCUGGAUGUCAGCUUAGUCUGGGUAUCAGACGGGGGUUGUUCGAUGAUAUACCGAUUAUCAAUGAAGAUGAAGACAACAGUGAGAUAGAAAGUAUAUUGGACAACCUCAACAUAGCAUAUAAAUCUGAUUCGAAAAAGGAUCUGAAUACUGGCUCGUUAUCAAAACAUUUGGAAAACUUGGCCGGUCAAGAGCAAAUCGCGAUUACCACUGAGAGCAAGUUGGUGGGCGAGCGCAAUAAUAAACCUAAGAGGUGGUCCACGUUUUUGGUUAAACCAAAAAACCCAAAGCCCGCACCAAAGAAAGUCGAGGAAGAAAGAAAAAUUAUAGGUGAGCCGUACAGGGUAAAAAUAAUCAAACAAGCAAGACGUGAUCCAAAUGAUGUGCUUAAUCACAAAAAGUCUGUCCGUUUCGAGCCAAAUGUGCCUGAAGUAGAAUUGCAACAAGAAGAAUCUGUCACUGAUCAACUACGGUCUACUGUAGAAUUAGAUACAGACGGGGAAGUAGGAGAAAAAGAAAUGGAAGUUGACUUAAAAGUUUCCGUUGAAGAGGAAACUACUGUUGAGAUUUGCGAGCUGGACGAUGAAAGUGAGAGAAACUCUGACAUCAUCGAGAACGAUUCCUUAGAAUGUGAUGUAAUAAAGAACAAUAAAGAAGUGACCAUUAAGAAACCUAAACCAAUACUUAAACCUUCUCCGUUGGAUAUUCAUAUCGACCCUGUCAUCUGCGAAUCAUCCCUAUCAUUAGAAGACCAACUGGCUGCUGUUCAAAAGCAACUCUUAGCUCUCUCCAACUUACCUUCCGCGAUCCAAGUGACACUGGAGGCCGUAACUCAGCAAUUAAACAAAAUCGUUUCUGAAAAAACUCACAGAAUUGAAGUUAAUCACAUUGAAGAAGAUAAUUACGAAGAUAAUGUCUCUGAAAACGAUGUUGAAGAAGAAAUUCAAGAUAUGCUGGAAAAAAUUGAAGAGUCGCCAGAGAAUGUUUCAACUUCUGAAAAUGCCGAGGAAGACAUUACAGAAGCCGAAGCAGAUGAAAACCACAAUAUUGAAGAUCUCGAAGAAGAUAAUGGAGUUGUUGAAAAAUAUGACGAUGAACGUGAUGUAGAAGAGGAAACAAACAAAAUUGUCGAUCCUUAUGAAGGUUUGACGGAGGAAGAAAGAGAGACAAAAAUAAGGGAAGAAGAGCUGAUGGCUAAAAAGCAAAAGGAAGAAGAAGAACGAAGAAGUCAGAUGGACUGGACUCAGAGACCCAUCAUUCUUCCAGGCGGCAGGAAAUGGUCGGAUCCGGAAGAUGCAACUCCGAAAUUCAAGACGCCCAAAAUGUCCGAUGAGAAGAUCUGCAAGACCAUCGAGGACUAUUCGGAAGUGAUCAUGGGCAAAACGAAAGGGUCGAUCAUUGGAAUCGGGUGUGGCCGUGGGGCGAUAAGGGCAAGCCAGUUUACAGUUCCAGGGAAUCCAAUUGCUUUAUGGUGCCAAGUAAAGCAGCUUAUGUCAUGCAUCAACUUUCUAAAGUACCAGCCGCCGCCAAAGAACCUGGACUACUUGCAGAAAUCGGAAGUGUACCGCCUAAUUCACGGGAUGGAACCUCCAGUGAGAGGAGUGGGAGCCCGAGCUGAGAAGAUAUUAUCCGAGAGAGAUUAUUACGGGGGUAAAGGUGCCCCUUAAUGGAAUCGGCAAACUGAAGAUGUACUUAAAUUAAUGUAUCAAUCAUUUUCAGCAUCAUAUUGUUCAAAAAACUGUAAACUUUAUAAAAUAAAAUGUAUUAUAAUAUGACAA